GGUGCAGAUGAUGCUGCUGGGAUCCCCAGCGCCUGCAUUUGUGCUGCUUGGACUCAGUGUGGAGCUGCUCAACUUGCAGUUUUUCCUGUGGCUGCUUCAUUUAAUUCAUCUGCCCAAUUGUGGAGGCCAAAGUUGUUAUAAUUAGAUCAUAGAAUCACAGGAUGGUUUGGGCUGGAAGGGACCUUUCAGACCAUCUCGUUCCAACCCCUGCUAUGGGCAGGGACCCCUCCCACAGCCCAGUUGCUCACAGCCCCAUCCAGCCCGGACUGAGUGUUGUUGGGGAGGAGCAUCCACAGCCUCACAACAACCUGCUCCAGUGUCACCACACUCAGUAAAGAAUUCCUCCCCAAUGUUUAGUCUAACCUGCCAUCUUCCAGUUUAAAGCCAUUUCCCCUUGUCUUCUCACUACCUGCCCUUAUAAAGUCUCUCCCCAGUUUUCCUGUAGGCCCUUCAGGUCCUGGCAGGGCUGUAAGGUUCCCGCAGAGCCUUCUGUUCUCCAGGCUGCACAGCCCAGCUCUCAGCCCAUUCUCAUAGUGGAGCUGCUUCAUCCUCUGAUCCCUUCGUGCCCUCAGCAGCUGCUCCAGCAGCUCCACGUCCUUGUGCUGGGGCUGCAGCCCUGGACGCAGUGCUCCAAGUGGGUCUCACAGGGCGGAGCAGAGGGGCAGCAUCUCCCCCCUGUCCCUGCUGGUUUUGCUUCUUGCUGCAGCCCAGGGUCAUUUGUCCUCCUGGGCUGCCAUAUCCACAACUGCUCCCUCCAUCACAUCGUUGUUCUCCACUUUUGUGGCCGGGUGUGUGGGAAAUCACAGCCUGAACCUCUCAUUAAUCAGCUGAGGCACGUGUGGGGUCAGCUGCGGGUCACAGGUGAGAGUAAUGGAGCUGCGCUCCCGGGGGGGCUGGAGCUCGACUCCGCCUCCUCUGAGACCUCAUUUAAGGGCUGACCCUCACUGAGGCAGCAGCUCCUGGAUCCCCCCAGUGCCGGCUGCCUCAGGUUCCCGUCCAGGCGUCAACACGGGUGAGUUUUCUUUACUAAGAGCCUUUGACUAUUUAUCACCGUCCCCUGUCACCACCGUUACUGUGUUGUUGUGCUGGGUGUUACGUGAGUCCCGGUGGAUGGUGGCUGCUGCUCUUCGCCCACUGACACUGUGCCCCCAUGAGCACGAGUCCAUCGGGCGCCAUUGGCCGUUGCUGUCGGUACCUGCGCUCGCCGCCAUGUCCACGUGGGGUGUAGGAAGGUCUUAACCCGGAUCCUUCGUGAUGGCGGCGGCUCCGCGGGCGGUGAAACAGCGGCGCAGCGAUAACGCUCUGCCCCACAGCUGCAGCUCUGCUCUCGAUGUGGAUUCUGCUGUGGCCUUUGAGGGUUCGGGUUCCUUUGGCCUCAGCGUGGCACAGAGCAACGAUGGGGUGCUGGUGGGGGCUCCCCUGGAAUUCGGGGGCCAAGGUCACGUCUAUCGAUGCCGUGUGGGGGAGAGCAGGUGCAGCAAUGCAGACGUCGGUGACCGGCCGGAUAUGGGUCCCAUGGCACUGGGAAUGUCCAUGGCUGCCAACGGAUCCCAGCUCCUGACCUGUGGCCCGACAGCGCAGCGUUUGUGUGGGGAGAACGCAGAAGUGCCGGGGUUCUGCUCCCUCCUCUUGUCAAGCCGAUCCCUAACGACCACCACGAGAGCGUGCCCCACGUCGGCCUCUGACAUCGUGUUCCUGAUGGACGGCUCCGGCAGCGUCGCAGAUUUCGACUUCCAGCGGAUGAAGAUUUUCAUCAUCGAAAUCAUCAAACGCUUCCGUGGGACCAACACCCGCUUCGCAGUGGUGCAGUUCUCCACGGGUGUUUAUUUGCACGUGGGUUUCUCGGACUUCGAUCUCCUCCCGCCGUCGGAGCUGGAGCGGCGCGUGCUGCGUGUGGCGCAGCGCAGCGGGAUCACACAGACGGCAACGGCCAUUCGCACCGCGCUGUUGCAGGUUUUCCCCGGGAGCCGCGCGGGGGCCAACAAGGUUCUGAUCGUGGUGACGGACGGGCAGAAAUACGGAGACGGGCUGCGGUACGAGGACGUGAUCCCCGAGGCGGACAGUCAGGGCGUCAUCCGCUACGCCAUCGGGGUUGGCAGCGCCUUCAACGACCCCAAAGCGGCCGCGGAGCUGCAGCUCAUCGCCUCGGCGCCCCCCCACGCGCACGUGUUCCGCGUGGACAACUUCGAGGCGCUGCGGGGCAUCCAGGAGCAGCUGCAGGAGAAGAUCUUCGCCAUCGAGGGGACCCGUCCAGCCUUCGGAAGCUCCUUCCAGCUGGAGAUGGCCCAGGAGGGAUUCAGUGCUUUGCUCACCCCCGAGGGUGCAGUGCUGGGAGCGGUGGGUGCCUACGACUGGGCCGGAGGAGUCUUCAUCUAUAGGGCUGACGGGAAGGUCACCUUCGUCAACGCAUCCGAAGCGGAAGGGGGUGUGAGCGACGCGUACUUGGGUUACGCCACCGAGUCUCUGUCCCUGGGGGGGCUCCGGGCAUUGGCGCUGGGGGCCCCCCGGUACCAGCACGUGGGACGCACACUCCUCUUCGUGCUGCACCAUGGGGAGAAGUGGGAGCUGCAUUCUGACGCCAUGGGGCAGCAGGUGGGCUCCUACUUUGGGGCAGCGCUCUGCGCUCUGGAGACAUCGGGGGACGGUGCAGCGCUGCUGGUGGGAGCCCCCAUGUUCUAUGGGGAGGGCGCCGGGGGGCGUGUGGAGGUCUGCGCCGUGCUGCCGCAGGACCGUGCGCUGCGGUGCCACCAGACGCUGCGGGGUCAGGCUGGACACCCCUUGGGGCGCUUUGGGGCCAGCAUUGCUCGCCUGGGGGACGUCGAUGGGGACGGACUGCAGGACGUGGCCGUGGGUGCUCCCAUGGAGGAUGAUGAGCGUGGAGCCGUCUACGUCUUCCGUGGGGAGAAGGGUGGCAUCAGCGACCACUACAGCCAGCGCAUCGCGGGCUCCAUGUUCCGCGGUGCCCCACAGCACUUCGGGCAGGCGCUGAGUGGGGGGCGCGACAUGACGGGGGACAGACUGCCGGACGUGGCCGUGGGCGCACAGGGCCAGGUCCUGCUGCUCAGGUCCCCCCCCCUGCUGAAGGUGGAGGUGACCGUGACCUUCAGUCCCCCGGAAAUCCCCAUAUCUGCCCUGGGCUGUCACCGGGUGGAGGAGGAUGAGCCAAGUGUCACGGUGGUGGCCACGGCCGAACUCUGCUUUGUUGGCACCAGGAAGAGCAGCGACAGCUUAGGCUCCCUCGGGGCGACCCUCCUCUAUGAGCUGCAGUUGGACCCUGGUCGUGCCGCGCGCGCUGUGUUCUCUCCGGGCGGUGCAAGGACAAACGGGUCGGUGCACGUGGGCGAGGGACGGCGGUGCCGGACGUUCCCCGUGGCUCUGACGGGCUGCCCAGCCGACACCCUGAGCCCAGUGGCGCUGCGGGCGGACUUUGAGGCGCGCGGGGAUGCGCUGCAGCACGCACAGGGGCUGCGGGUGGCCGUCAGCAGAGACACACAACGAACCAUCACCGGAACGCUGCCCUUUGAGAAGAACUGCGGUGAAGACAAUCAGUGCGUGCCCGACCUCCGUGUGGCCCUCAGCUUCUCAGGGCUGGAGGAGCUGGUGGUGGGUGCCACCGAGGAGGUCACCGUCACUGUCACCGUGCACAACGUCGGGGAGGACGCGUACGGGGCCCACGUGGAGCUGAGGCACCCCCAGGCGCUCUCCUACCGCAAGGCCACUGUGCUGCAGCCCCACCGCAGGUCGCUGGCACAGCACUGCAGCUCCGUGUCCCCGGGAGGUGGGCGCAUCCGCUGCAACAUCAGCCACCCUGUGCUGUGGGCCGGCCAACAGCUGGUGUUUGCUGUCACCAUGGACGUGCCCCACGAGGCCGAGCUGGGGGACAGAGCCGAGGUGGUGGCAACAGGCAGCAGUGUCCCCCCUCCCGUGGGCUCGGUUCGGGCCGUGGCUGCGGUUCCGGUUCUGUACAGCGUUGUUCUGCUGCUCACCAGUUCUCCGUCCUCCACUCGCUCGGUCCCUCCCGGUCACACGGCGCUGCAGCUCCGGUACCAUCUCGCCGCACGGGGCUCGCGCCGCCCGCCCGGUUCCGCCGCCGUCCGGGUGCCCACGGGGCUGCGCGGGGUGAAGCUGUGGGAGCGGCUGCACGUGGACGGGCCGGAGGUCUGUGUCUCUGUCCCAUAUUCCUCGGGGGUUCCGGACCCCAUCCCUGUCCUGCAGCAGAACCCAGUGCUGGAUUGCAGCGUGGCCGCCUGCCAGGAGUGGCGCUGUCCGUGGGGGGACCCGCUGCCCCCGGGGGGCGUCGAGUUCAGCAUCGAGGGGCGGCUACGGGGGGACUGGGGGACACAGCUGCCCCUCCCCCACGUGGAACUGCUCAGCUCCGUCCAGCUGGUGAUUGACGGGCGGCACCGGAACGUGGGACGGGACCGGAUGGAGACCCGCACCGAGCUCCGCCCGUCGCUCCCCCCGUUCCCGCUGGUUCCGGUUCUGGGCGCGGUUCUGGCCGGUUUGUUGCUGGCGGCGGCGGCCGGAGCGGCGCUAUGGAAGGUCGGCUUCUUCCGGCGGCGCUACAAGGAGCUGCGGGAGGGCGGGAACGAGGGGGGCGGGAGCCCCCUGUGA